ACAGAGAAGGAAAAAAAAAUCCAGUUUUUUAGGAAUCAAUGGAAAUGGAAAACGCAGUAACGAAACAGAGUAUCCCUCUCCUCACGCCAUACAAGAUGGGAAGAUUCAAUCUUUCCCACCGGGUUGUUCUGGCACCAUUAACGAGACAGAGAUCGUACGGGAACGUUCCUCAGCCUCAUGCUGUCUUAUAUUACUCCCAGAGAGCCACACCAGGAGGUUUUCUCAUCACUGAAGCCACCGGAGUUUCUGAUACAGCUCAAGGGUAUCAAGAUACUCCUGGGAUAUGGACUAAAGAGCAUGUGGAGGCAUGGAAGCCAAUCGUGGAUGCUGUUCAUGCCAAAGGCGGCAUCAUCUUCUGUCAGAUCUGGCAUGUUGGCCGCGUUUCUAAUCGAGGCUUUCAGCCAAAUGGGCAAGCUCCGAUCUCUUGUACCGACAAGCCAUUGAUAGACGAAGCCAUGUUUACCCCUCCAAGACGCCUAAGCACCGAAGAAAUCCCCACCAUUGUCGACCAUUUCAGGCUUGCAGCAAGAAACGCUAUGGAAGCUGGCUUCGACGGAGUCGAGAUUCAUGGCGCUAAUGGCUAUCUGAUCGACCAGUUCAUGAAGGACACGGUGAACGAUAGAACUGACGAAUACGGCGGAUCAUUGCAAAACCGUUGCAAAUUCGCUCUAGACAUAGUCGAGGCAGUGUCAAAAGAGAUCGGGCCAGAUCGUGUUGGAAUCAGGCUGUCUCCGUUCGCCGACUACAUGGAAUCAGGAGACACUAACCCGCAAGCAUUAGCUGUUCACAUGGCGGAGUCUCUGAACAAAUACGGAAUCCUCUACUGCCACGUGGUCGAAGCGAGAAUGAAAACAAUGGGAGAGAUAUCAGAGUGUCCUCCUCACACGCUAAUGCCUAUGAGGAAGGCCUUCUCGGGGACUUUUAUCUCCGCCGGAGGUUUCAAUAGGGAAGACGGUAAUGCGGCUGUGGCGAAGGAAAGAACCGAUCUGGUUGCUUACGGUCGGUGGUUUCUGGCGAACCCGGACUUGCCUAUGAGGUUUCAAGUGGAUGCACCGUUGAAUAAGUAUGAUAGAGCAACGUUUUACACUUGUGAUCCUGUCGUUGGUUACACCGAUUACCCUUUUCUCGAUUCGACACCUUCGGAUUAAUACAAUGCUAUGUGUUUUUGUUUUCAUGUAAUAAGACGACAUUGUCGCAAUUUGCUUUCUUUAUACGGUAUGUCUUUGCUGCUGAGUAAAAACAGAGUUUCUUUAUCAA